AUGGAUUUGGAUGGCGUAGUCUUGAACGGCUGCGCUUUCAUCGCGUCCGUCUACCUCCUCCAGAGAGGCGCCAGCCUCUUCACGAAUAACGUGGCUAUAGUUGCACAACGAUGCGGCGCACCCGGGACAUUGGUGGCUCUGCUGACCAUAGGGGCAGAAUGGGAAGAGCUCGCCGUAGUCGUCGCCUCAAUCGUCCAGCGUCGACCCUCUCUCGGCCUGGGAAGUGUUGUGGGGUGCUGCGUCUCGAAUGUUAUGGGCGUCCUCGCUCUGGGGAUCCUCUUCAACGCAGACCCGAUCCGAUUCGACCUCGGCGCGAAGAUAUACUCCGGGGCGCUGUUUGCCGUAUCGACAAUCUUCACCCUGCUAGCGUUCACGCAGCAGCUGGACUUGACGGGAGGAAUCUUCUUCAUCGUCGGCUUCGCCGUCUAUGUCUUUUCGAUCUGCUCGGCGAUCUAUGACGGGAUCCUGGAUCCCGAGCCCGAAGACGUGGAAGAGCUCGCGGCGGACUCACCGAUGGUAUCGCACACGCCAACCGAACAUCAACAACUGCAUGUUGCUAUAUUCCCGUCGGUGCUCCAAUGCCACCCGAAUGAGGCAUCGGCCCUACUUCCAGUAUCCGAGGAUUACUUUCCGCCUGUCGCCCCAGCCCAGCCUCUGGAGCCGGCAACGACGAGCGUUCAUGCCCUCCUCGCUCUGGUCGGACUCGUUGCGCUCUGCAUUGCAGCGUAUGUGCUUGCACAUGCGGCCGGUGCUCUUGCAGCCUGCUUCCACAUAUCCAAUACCCUGAUCGGAGUCACCCUGGUUGCCGUCUCAACCACGAUACCCGAGAAGAUUGUUUCGAUUUACAGUACCUGGCAACGCCGUACCACCAUCAUGACGGCAACCACAGCAGGCUCUAACAUAUUCCUACUGACCCUGUGCGUUGGCAUCAUAUUCGUCACCAGACAGGGUAGUGGCGAUGCUGAUGAAGGAGGACCCAAGGCCGGGAACGGUCUGCAGACGGACAGCCUCGGGGCCUUUGAAGUUUGGAGCGUUUGGGGCUGUUCCCUGAUUCUUGUGUUGACUACUUGGUUCGGAGCAAGAAGAUGGCUUGGGGCAUUUUUGUUUGGACUCUAUGUUGGGUUUCUUGGCACCGAGAUAACUUUCUUAAGAGAUAGGUAA